AUAGGCAUCACUCAAUUGCAGGCCAGCAGAAUGACCUUCAAGACGGGCGGCAGUAGAUUCGACCCGAAGAUAUUCUCCAACUUCACGGUCCAGAUCGUCAAUGGCAAAAUGGCGAUUGAUAUGGUGAUCGUCUCCCCCCUUUCGCAGGGCCUGAAGACCCACCUGAGCUUCGACUUCCGCCUGGACAAGGGCAGGCCCUACCAGAGCAUCUACCAGCACGACAUCAACUACUGCGCCAUGAUCAGAGGGGCCCAGGAGUCGAUCUACCGCCGCUGGUUCACGUCCAUGCUGAAUUUCGGAAACUUAGCAACAAGCUGCCCCAUUGGCAGGGGCUACUACUACCUGCAUGGCUGGACGCUGGACGCCAGGUACAUUCCCUCGUUCUUCUACGUGGGAGACUACCGCAUCUCUGUGACGUUGUUCUACGGCAGGUUUAAGAAGAACGAUGAGAAUCCGCUCGUGGAGUUCUACGUGGAGGCGGUGGUCACCUAAUCAGAUACACACGAGUACGGUAUGUGUCUGUUCUCAGACAGAGGACAGAGGACAGACGACACGGGAAGUGGUGUUAUCGGAUCG